AUGAACUCUCAUGCUCUUUGGAAUGAUCCUCGCUUGAAAUUCUCUCAUUUAGACCCUUGCCGAAAAAAUCUCUCAUUUGACGAGACUUUUGAAAAGCAUCUCUGGUCACCCAAUGUGUGUUUGGUUAAUACAAAAUCAUCAAGAGUUCAUGCGUCACCUAAGCCCAAUGUUUUGCUUAUGUUGUUAGCUAACGGAACUGUUUGGCUUAAUUAUAGGGUCCAAGUUGAAGCCCCGUGCGAAUUCCAAAUUUCUGAUUUUCCUAUGGAUUCUGCCCGAUGCCAGUUAGUUUUCGAGUCCUAUUCUUACAACACCGCUACCGUUACUAUUGACUGGAUGCCUUCAGCCUUAACUUUACAAUUUGAAGAAAUAAGUGCUUCAGACCAUCAAUUGGUACAUACAAAAUUGUUUAAGCACACAGAAUAUUACAAAGCAGGAGAAUGGUAUAGGUUAACACUUGAAAUGGGUUUUAGACGUCGUUAUGGGUAUUAUAUCCUACAGGUUUAUGCCAACACCUACAUUAAUGUCUUCCUGUCUUGGAUCGCUUUCUGUAUUUCUUUAAAAGCUUUAUCUGCACGAGUUAUCUUAUCGGUUAACACGUUGAUUUCUCUAUGUGUUCAGCCAAUAGACGUCUUUAUGUUUGUGUGCAUUGCAUUCAUAUUUGCCUCAUUAUUGGAAAUGGCUUUUAUCUCUUACAAGUUAUGUAUUCCAUCUUGUAUUCCAUCCAUGAUUUAUAAAUUAUAG